AUGUUCUGUCUCCGGAGCUGGCUUCCGCUCCUCUUCAUCCCAACAAAUGCCUCGCCGCUAUUCAUCAUUUCUUUCGUGGCGCUAACAUACACCAUCCACCGACCAUGCAUCUACUGUUCCGCGCUCCUUCUUAUCCUGUUCGCAUCAUCCUGCCACUGGUCUGACCGGUGCAUAUUCGAUCUUCGAAGCAACUGGUUUGCGCCACGCUAUAGCUCCCAGUCAGGCGGAGAGUAUGUGCCGAUGCCCGGGAACGCCACGAUGGCAGCACCGCUUCCUGGUGAUAGCCUUGCGAGCUUUGUGUUUGACACGGUCAAUUCUACUGCAAAGGUUCUAGCAGGAGCGGCCAUGGAUACUGCACAGCAAAGUUUUGGAAUCGAGUCACGGCCUGAUGAAUGGACUGGAGUUGGAUUAGAAUGGUUGCGCAGUUUGCUGGGACGGCGAGAGUGGACACUUCCUUGCAUUGAUGUCAAGGUCCGACUAUAG